GUGAGUGUUCAGCAGUCAUCUGUGUUGUUUGGUUUUUUCAAGUCAAAACUUGUUUUGUAUUUUUCAACGAAAGUUUUGUACAUAGUAAUUUAAAAAAAAAAUAAACACCCGUACGAAGGGUUGCGAUGUCCAAAUAUAAUUUUGCAAUAAUAAUAUGUCGGACUGGUAUUGGCGGGUGAUUGCCUUCAAGGCGGCUUUCGUACUUACAUGUUUUGUUUCUUAUCUUAAAGCUGAUGAUACCAUACAAAAAUUGCCUUUCUGUAAUCCUCAUACCGCUAAAGAUGCACCGGUAUAUGAUGACUUAGUGCUUGUGAGUACCAUAGAUGGCCGUUUGACUGCGUUUUCAACUGAUAAUGGAAACCAAGCAUGGGUGCUGGAUACUCAACCUCUUCUAUCAUCUACUCUUCAUCAUGUGGAGCUUACAUCUGGUGGAAAAUGGGUACGGUUAGUGCCAUCCUUACGUGGUACUCUGUACAGUCUAAGCGGUGACACUCUGGAGCCAUUGCCAUUUGAUGCUGAUCAGUUGUUAUCAUCUUCAUUCAAAUAUUCUGAUGACCUAGUUAUUGCUGGUGCUCGAGAAACUCUUUGGUUGGGUAUAGAUGCCCACUCUGGUGCAACCAUAUAUGAAUGCGGCUCCUCCGGCUGUAACUCAGAACAGCAGACAGCCAGUAGUGGUCGAGAUGUCCUUGUACUGAGACGUCACUCUAAUACUGUGAGAGCGUUAGAUCCACGGAGCGGUACGGAGAAAUGGAACUUCAGCGUAGCAGAACACCAACUUGCAAUGAGCAGAAGGGAAUGUGUGGGUAAAACGAAACCUUCCAGCCCUUUAGCUAUCGCCGUAGCGUUGCCUGAAGGAGUUGUAGCCGUCAGACAUCCGGAAUCACAUAUUUUGAUAUGGCAACACAAGUUAGAAGCGCCAGUAGCCAACAUGUGGCGUGUUCAGGGAGGAGUCGUACAACACAUGGAUGUAUUAUGGCAUGCCGCUCAUGCUGUAGCCGAUGUUAAGAAUUCAGCACCAUCCUUAUACCUGGGAAUACACAAUACACAGCUAUAUAUCCAAGAAAGCGCCCUCUAUUCUGAGAAACUGGCAACCUCUCUAUCCACAAAGCCGCUGCCGUGGAAGGUGAAGCAGUCCAGGCCACUCAUAGGGGACGACAAGGCGUUACAGCCCUUACCUGAUGCUGAUCAGAAUACGCUUUCUAUUGUCACUUUGUAUGGCAACACAGGAGUUCAAGAUAACCAAGGUUUCUUCCUAUACCUGCAAGAGACCUGCGACCAAGCAGUUCAAGUAUCCGAAGAUGCCCUACCCGGCCCUGACAUAGUUCUUCCCAACAGCAGCGACGACCAGCUAAGCCAUCACCAUGUGCACGUCCACGUAUAUUCUCUAUGGUUCUGGUGGAAGGAGGUCCUACUCAUCGCGAUCAGUUCAGCGCUUUUAAUGAACUUGCUGAUAUGGCCGAGAUUCUUCGCAGCAAAAAUCAGACCAAUAACACCAUUACCGAUUAACCAGGAAGUGAUCGUCGUGGAAAGGCACUAUGAGAGACAGACUCCGGUGGUGGAGUAUUCUGGGAGAUACGAAAACGACUUUACGCCUUUGAGGUGUCUUGGAAGGGGUGGAUUCGGUGUGGUUUUUGAGGCUAGAAAUAAUAUCGACCAUUGUUCCUAUGCGGUUAAGAGGAUAACCCUACCGAGGAGAGAAUCACGUCGCGAACGUGUAUUACGAGAAGUGAGAGCUCUAGCUAAACUGGAGCAUGAACACAUAGUGCGUUACUUCAACGCGUGGCUCGAGGAGCCGCCAGUGAGGUGGCAGGAAGAAAGAGAUGCCUACUGGCUACGGGAAUUGGGAGGUAUUUCACUUGGCAUGACUGAGGACUGUACAUCUCCAUUGCCGAGAAAAGACAAGUCGCCAAAGGGUGAUGCAGUCACGCUAAAUAUCCACAAGAGCAUAGAUGAUUGUGUUGAUGCACUUGAUUUUGAGAAGAAACUCGGUGAACCAAAGAGGUUGAGGUCACUAAGCUGCAACGAUUCAUUCAGUAUAAUAUUUGACGACAACGCAUCGAAGGACGUGCACGUAACAUCGACCACGCCCAAAUUACGCGAAGCCACGCCCACUUCCAAAAAAGCAACUGAUGACGAUUCGUUUAUUGUGUUCGCGAAUUCAGAACAUUCCAAAGGAUUAUCCGAGCCUAGAGAUGUCACGAAUAAGAAAUUGGAUAAAAUAAUGGAAUGUGAUGGAUAUUCGAAAGGACGAAAGAAAAAGGGUCAUACACGUCACUGGUCUCUUGACAUGGUAGUCCGGAGCAAUGAGGAAACUCCCCAAGGCAGUAAAAUGUACCUCUACAUACAAAUGCAGCUUUGUCUGCGAGACAGUUUGCAUGAUUGGUUACGGAAUAAUAGGACCUGGGAGUCUCGGAGGGAUAAAGUCAAAACACUAUUUUGUCAAAUAGUAUCAGCAGUGGAAUACGUCCAUUUAGCGGGCCUUAUCCAUAGAGAUUUAAAACCCAGUAACAUUUUCUUUGCGCCGGAUGGCAAAGUGAAAGUUGGGGAUUUCGGCCUCGUUACAGCUAUGGGAGAUAAUUCACAGGAUGGCGAAGGAACUGAACAAAUGAAUAUGCAUGCGCGACAUACACAUCGAGUCGGUACUCAUCUAUACAUGUCGCCCGAACAACUUCUAGGGCUGCCAUAUAGCUACAAAGUGGACAUUUACUCGCUGGGACUGGUCCUGUUCGAGCUGCUGCAUCCUUUUGGCACUGAAUCAGAGAGGGUCUCCUGUCUAAUGAGGCUUCGGGAUGGCCAGUACCCCAAUCAUUUUCAACAGAAUUAUCCUAAUGAGACGGAGGUCCUAAAACUAAUGUUAAGCUCGGACCCGAACCAGCGACCCACGGCGAGCGGUGUUAAAGCGCGUGCGCCACUGUACCAAGCGACAGACGAACAGUGGCAUUUCACUUUACCUACACUCCUCUCUGGGUAAAUGUCUGAAAAAUAUCCAGUUAACCGCGUGAACGAUGCAACUCGUGGCUUUUCCUGCUAAGAAUUGCGCCAUGAAAGUAAAGCAAGAUAUAUGAAUUAGUAUUUAAAAGGGGUGGUGCGAUUGCGGUUUCGCGUUUAAUCGCACGUGGUUAUUGUCACCGCGUUAUUAAUGGGCGUUGAACUGUUUUUUUUCUAAACAAUAUACAUACUAUAUGUUAAUAAUCAAUAGACUUCCGUUAUGCAUUUCCUUAAGUCAUAUAAAAUGUUUCCCUGUCAUAGAUUUAGUGCAUUAUCUAUGUCUGUAAUCUUUGUUCGUUGACACGUUGACAGUUUAUUUGACAGUCAAUUGAAUUCAGUAAUCUGUCAUCAACCAAGUAAGAUUGUCAAAUUCUUAUUUAGGUAUUUUCAUGUAAAAUUUAUCGACAAAUACUUUACUUGAUUUUAAUUAUCUAUGAUGUUUCUUUGUUACGAUAUUAAGGGACCUAUUCAAAGAGGUUAAAAUAAGUAGAGAUUAAUAAAAUUGAUUUUAUCUAUUUUAAUUUAAUUUUUUACGCUAAUGAUCAUCUGGCCAAAUUCCACUGUCUAGUACAUUAUUUUUGUAUGUUAAUCUAAUAUUUUUUUAAUGUAACACGAUAACAUUAGAGAAACAGAUGUUCUGUCAAGUUUUUUUAUUAUAGCGUGCCUAUAAUUAAUAUUUUGCAUAUCUUUAACCAGUUAAACUAUCACAAUAGUGUUUAAGAUAGAAAUUAAUGAUGAGCAAUACUGUGUCAGUGCCUAAGCAUAUCAGCCGUCUUUAGAAGUAUUUGAGUUGUAAAUUUAUUUUACGUGUUCAGUGAGUUUCGUAAGCCAUAAGUAUUUAACGUUAUUUCAUACAUUUGUAUGAAACACUUUAUUACGCGUUUACGCGGGAAACUACACCGUCGUCCACAGGGCCGGCUAAGGUAUUUCGACUAUAACAAAAAUUUUGCACAGACCUAGAAAUUGUUCUAUAACUGCCUUACAGUAUUGAAAAUUACUAUGGUAAGCUGAGUCAAUAUUUGGUUAUGUCCUUGAGACGCCGUCUUCAUCUUUAAAUCACCUACUCAAUUACACCUGAGGACGUUUGUUCGUUGCUUAUGCACUCACACGUUCUAUGAUAUAAGUAUUAAGAUAAAUAAGACUGGUUUCUAAAGGAAUGUUGGAUUUUAUUAAUGUAAACAUUGUAUUUUGUAUAAAAGUAUGUAAUACUUGUUAUUUAUUAGUUAAUAGGCUACUUAAAUCAACAAAGGAUUUUUUGCUUUUUGUAAAUGUAUAUUUAAGAAAAUUUAUGUGUCAUUUGUGUUUUUAGUUCAUUGCUUGGCAAAAGUCGUUAAACGUUAUAACCACAUUAACUGUAUUGUUGCUUACGAAGACUUUUUGCUGAUUUAUAGCGACUAUUAUAAGUACUGUGAGAGUCCUAAUAAAUGAUAUUAAGAGAA